UUAACUUCAAGGGUUCAUUUUCUAUAUAGAUAAAUAAUAAGUUAAUAACUACGUGUUACUGCUCAUUGCAAAGGACCACUGCUUUUCUCAUGUUCAUUCAUGGACAAACAAUACAAACGGCACUUUUCUUGCUAUUAACUUCCGGUUACGAGUGACCCCUAGAGAAUAAACUCCAAUGAGAACUCAGCCUACACCGCCACCGCCCAAAUCCGAAGACGAUCCGGACGUACCAAUUCGCCCCACUCCAAUCCCGAAUCAAACUGUCACCUCCACCGUCCCUGGUCAUCGGAAAAAAGGGACCGGUGUCCGGGCAUGGCUUCUACUGGACUCGACCGGCCAUACCCAGAUGGUGGAGGCCGGAAAGCAUGCUAUAAUGAGACGUACGGGGUUACCCGCUCGAGAUCUUCGGAUAUUGGACCCGCUUCUGUCGUACCCGUCGACGAUUCUGGGUCGAGAAAGGGCGGUCGUGAUUAACUUGGAGCAUAUAAAGGCAAUCAUCACGGCCCAAGAGGUUUUUCUGUUGAAUUCCAAGGAUCCUUCGGUUACGCCGUUUGUUAAUGAGCUACAAAGGCGGAUUUUUUGUCAUUAUCAAGCAACCAAAGCCCAGGAGGGCGCUAUUGAUGAUUCGAGCUGCAUAAUUCGAAGUAGUUCUCAAAAUUUGUCAGCAAGGAUUUCACAGCCUCGGAAUCAAGAUGAGGAAGGUAAGGCAGAAGAGAAACAGGGUCUUGAGAACCCAAAUGGAUCAAAGAUUCUCCCAUUGGAGUUUGUUGCAUUAGAGGCAUGCCUUGAAGCUGCUUGCAGCUGCUUAGAAAAUGAAGCAAGGACAUUGGAGCAAGAGGCUUAUCCAGCCUUGGAUAAAUUGACCUCAAAGAUUAGUACUCUCAAUUUGGAGCGUGUUCGCCAAAUUAAAAGCCGGUUGGUUGCAAUAACUGGGCGUGUUCAAAAGGUAAGGGAUGAAUUGGAACACUUGCUAGAUGAUGAUGAAGAUAUGGCUGAGAUGUAUUUAACUGAGAAACAACUACUUGAAAAUUCUUCAACCUCUUCUAUGAAUGAGAGAGAUGAUAUGGAUGAAAUUCUUCAACCAGACAUGGAUGACAGGACACCUGCUGAAAUCUCCUUGGCAACCAAUUUUCAAGGUGAUAAUUUGUUUGGUGCUCCUAAUGCAAUUGGCAGAGACAGCCAUGGAACUCGUACAAGUACCACUCGCAGUACUAUCAGCAAGCGCCUUGAUGUAGAGGAGUUAGAAAUGCUCUUGGAAGCAUACUUUGUACAAAUUGAUGGUACACUGAACAAGCUAUCCACGCUGAGGGAAUAUGUGGAUGACACAGAGGAUUAUAUUAACAUAAUGCUGGAUGACAAACAGAACCAUCUCCUGCAGAUGGGAGUCAUGCUGACGACAGCAACGCUUGUCAUCAGUGCCUUUAUCGUUGUUGCCGGUAUCUUUGGCAUGAACAUCCAUAUUGAGCUAUUUGAUGAAAGUAAAGCAGGGAUGCCAGAAUUUCUAUGGACAAUUGGAGGUGGUACCACUGGGACGAUAUUCCUCUAUGUGAUUGCUAUUGCAUGGUGCAAGUACAAGCGCUUGUUAUAGUAGUGGGGACUAAGCUGCGUAUCUUCUAAAGCCAUGGAUAAUACAUGAAGUGAAGCAUCUCGUGGAAACCUGUGAGGAUUUGCUUUUAUGUUUGCCUUGUGCGGGCAACACUAAUUUGUAAUUACAUUUAAGUAUCCUGUACUUGGUGACCUGUAUAAAUCUCUUAAAUGCUGUUAACGAUUUGUGACUCUGAUACAAUCAACAUCACCCUAAAAUCUGAAUAUUCUGGUUCUGUUCUUUGUGCUACCAAAAGUUUCAGAACAAAAUAAACGUGUUGUACUGUUCUUGACCUCGCUCAUCUUUUUUACUGCCACCUAUUUUUCUUGCCAAGGCCAUACGAGUAAAUUAAAAAAAUUGAAAGAAAAAAAAAAGGGGUUGUGAAGACUAGUUCCAAUAAAUUAAUGCAUUCUCCACUUACUCUUUUUUCUUUUUCAUGCACGGCAGACUAAA